UUUCCAGCCAGGAGAGGUGGCCGGCGACAGCGGCAGAUGGCUUCUUUUGGGUGGAAGAGAAAGAUUGGUGAGAAGGUCUCAAAAGCUACUUCUCAGCAGUUCGAAGCAGAAGCUGCGGAUGACAAGGAUCUGGGUGGCGAUGAUGAUGCUAACUGGGUGCUUGCAGCUAAGAGAAGAAAGGAAGUUCUCUUAGAAGAUUGUGUCAGGAAAAGUAAGGAGCUUAAGGAUGAAGGUGCAAAUUUGGCUGAAAACAGGAGGUACAGAGAGGCUCUUGUCAAGUGGGAUGAAGCGCUUCAGUUAACUCCAGAGGAUGCUACACUUUAUGAGAUGAAAUCACAGGUCCUGAUGUCUUUACAUGAAAUGUUCCCAGCAGUGCAUGCAGCAGAAAUGGCUGUCCAGAGAAACCCACGUUCCUGGGAUGCCUGGCAGACUUUGGGACGUGCCCAGCUUGGAUUAGGAGAGAUAGCGCUGGCAAUCCGAAGUUUCCAGGUAUCCUUACACAUCUUUCCAAUGAACCCUGAAGUAUGGAAAGAAGACCUUUCCUGGGCAAGAAAACUACAAGAACAGCAGAGAGCCACAAAGACUGAGUCAGGGCAAGCACUGGCAAAAGGAAAAGAGCUUGUACAAGAGUCAAUCCCAGACUAUGACUUUGAAAGUGAUGAAAUUGUGGCAGUGUGUGCUGCCAUUGCAGAGAAGGAGAAAGCUCUUUCAGCAGCUAAAAAGAUGGUGAUUGUGUCUGCUUCAGGCACAGUAGAGACUGUUACUGAGCAGGACAAUUGUCCUGCAACUCCUGAUGAAACCCUUUUCAUCAGGGCCCGGUAGGGCAGCCUCAUGGGUUGUCAGAACUGCUGUUAUUUACUGUAUUUUGCUUGCUUUGAGUUUGUUCUUUUUUUAUUAAAUGGUAGCCUAUAAAAGUCAAAUAAUUGAAGUUAUCUUUCUUUCACUAAUUAAAAAAAUCAAUGAGCUGAGUUGUUCCAUCUGUAUUUUUCAAAAAGAAAGCCAAGAGUUGAUUCUAAAAAUUCUAAAUUGUUAUGAACAAAUGUAAUGUUGAAAUGCUUAAAACUGCAUUCUAACAUCUGCUUUCAUCUUUGUAUAUUUCAUAAUUUUACAAGUUAAUGUGUACAUUUUCCCAGUAAUUAGGAAACGUUUAUUUAAGCUGUAAAUGUACUGUGGUUUAUCCCCAGCUGGCAGCUCAGCCCCAUACAGCUGACUGGCUUCUGGUGGAAUGGAGGAGAGAAUUGGAAGAGUAAAAGUGAAAGAACUCAUGGGCUGAGAUGGAGACAGCCUAGUAGGGAAAGCAGAAGCUGCACAUGGAAGCAAAGCAAAACAAGGGAUUCACCCACCAGUUCCCGUGAGCAGGCAGGUGUUCAGCCAUCCCCAGGAAAGUAGGGCUACAUCACUUGUGACUUGGAAAGACACUCUGAAUGUCUUCCCUUUCCCUUCCUCCUUCUUUCCCCAGUUCUGUGUGUUGUGCUGUGGGGUAGGGUAUCCCUCUGGUCAGUUGGGGUCAGCUGUUCUGGCUUGUCUUCUCCGAGGUUCUUGCCAUCCCCAGUGUUCUCACUGGUGGGGUGGGAUGAGGACCAGGACAAAGUCUUGGCCCUGUGCAAGCACUGCUCAGCAAUAAUGAAAAUAACUGUGUGUUAUCAACACUUGUCAGCACAAAAUCAAAGCCUAGCUCCCUACUUGCAAUUCUGAAGAAAAUUAACUCUAUCCCAGCCAAAGCCAGCACAAAAAGAAAAAGGGACAGUUAAAAAAUAUUUAAAUCACUAUUAAUUAACAUUAUUUUUCUUCCAGUAAGAGUGUGAGCUGUUUUCUGUUAUUAACAGUCUUCAUUUUCAUUAAGAUUACUUGUUCUAUGAGAAAGUUGCCUAUGAAACAGGGAUGGAUUAUUAUUUUAUAUAUCUGUGUGGGACAGAUCUGAUUUGUAGCCAAAUCAAGUUGCUUUCCUCGGUGAGUGGGUUGAACACUUCCUGAUUAGAUGAAAGGAAAUGCUUUACCAAACAAGACCCUCAAUGCUUAGUUUUACAACUAAAUGUUUCACCAGAAGAAAGAACAGUGUGACUGAAACUGGCCUUUCCUUAUCUUGUGUGCUGUACUACAGACAUCACCAAAAGUAGAAUGGUGGGAGUAGGAAAUAGGGCUGAAUUGUAUUGUAUUUGGGGCUUUCCUAGUGAGGCUAGUCAAUUUGUUUUUCCUGAUUCUUCUGACCUGCCGUUAAAAGUAUGCUCUUAGGGAAAAAAAAAACAAAACAGUUUUCCAGGAGAGGACUGUUGGAGUCUCCCUUUAUCCUUUUUGGAUUUUGGAUGCAGUGGUGGAUAAUGAAUUUUUUUUAAUGUUGUUUUUUUUUAUUCAGGGAAAGGUGGCAGUUGAUUCCACUCACAGGGAGUUCAGAGAAAUGACAUCAGGCUGUUUCUUUGAUGUACUCUGUGCUGAGACUGCUCUUGUUUCAUUGUCUUGGAGACAUGGUAGACAUGAUCACAUCCUAACAGUACUGGAAAUAAUGGUCAGCUGAGGAAUUCCUGAAGAAUUCAGUUUGGGAACAUGUAAUUUUUACUUGAUUUAGAAAAAAAAUUAUAUGAUAAUAGGUAGUUUUGUAGACAAGUGUAACUUCUGAAAUCAGUAAUCUUUGCACUUUUCAUAAUAACACAUUUUUAAAAAAUAAUGUAGCAUGAGAAGUAUAAUGUUUUUGCAGUGGAAAAUGCAUUCCAUAAAAACUGUCUCAAAUCAUACUUUCUAUUUGUCUGAUACCAGAAUAUCUUUAUUUAAGAGGAUAUGCACAGGUUUUUUUUCUAAAAAAAUGUAAUUGCCCUAAUAUACUAAGUUUUCAUUAAUUUAUGCAAGAUUCUCCCUGAAUGUUUUUUUGCAUGUGUGAAUUUUUAGAUCUGUGCUUGCAUGAGCACACAUUCGCACAAAAUCACACCUUUUACUAUCUUCAGAGUAUUCAAAAUAAUCAGGACUACAGUGACGUAAAUAUUUUAAGAAAUGUAAAACAUCAUCAUGCUAUAUUUUUAUUUCUUCAUUAAGUUCAGAAAGAAAGAUUUUAAUGCUUACAGGAUAGGCACUUGAUUACGAUAUGGUUUGAUAGUUUAAAUUAUUAGACUUGAAGCAUUUCUUAGUCUUCUUUCUCUUAGCAACUUAGUACAAUCUAGUCAGCCAUAGGAAGAGUUAGCAUGAGAGGGGUUUGGACACAUUUCUUCAAGAGAUCUUCUCCAGCUGGAAAAGGAUGUGUGAGAUGCCCUAGGGUAUGUUUUCAUUUUGAAGGAGCUUGGCUGUAUCCACCUCAUCUUUUCAUUCUUUAUACUUGCGUCAGUGUUCUGUCUUUACUCAUACAGGAAGGACUGCUGCCCUUCUCUCAGAGGCCUGUGUUAUCACAGAAUCUGUUUCCACUGAAAUGAUUCACAAAGUUCCUAUUGACUUCAGCACUGCAGGGCCAGACUGCUGGAGGGGUGUACAUCUGCCCCAUCGGGGUGUGCCAGGCUUGAGAGGUGGUGGUUUCCAUCCCAUGUACUAAAUGUGUUUUCCUUCUGAUUAGAUUAGGUUAUUAAUUCUAGGUAUUGUCAGAACCGUAGUGUUUUGUAGAGCUGUUAAGUUCCUGGGACACUGUUCUCAAACUGGGGACAAGUUCAAAUAUUGGUGAUUUCAACAUUGUUUUUUUAUAUAGCAUGCAUGUAUAUAAUUUUCUGGAUCAGUUUGCCAUUUGAAUAAAAUACUGACUUCUGUUGCUUA